GGAAUCGAUUCUUAUACUCAAAAUACACUUGCUCCAUCGUAUUUCAUGGAGUCGGACGCCGGCUUCAGGGCCGCGCUGGCAGAAGCCCAGAAAGGUAGCGAUGAGGGCGGCGUCCCCAUCGGUGCUGCCUUGGUCUCAGCGGAUGGGAAGGUGCUGGGGCAAGGCCACAACAUGCGCAUCCAGAAGAGCAGUGCCACACUUCAUGCCGAAAUAAGUGCGAUCGAGAAUGCUGGUCGCUUGCCGGCUGCGGCAUAUAAGGGUGCCACCAUGUACACCACUCUCUCGCCUUGUGAUAUGUGCACGGGCGCAUGCAUUAUGUAUGGCGUGAAGCGUGUUGUCAUUGGCGAGAACCGUACGUUUGUUGGUGGUGAGGACUAUCUGAAGCAGCGAGGCAUUGAGGUAGUCGUGCUACAGAACGAGAAGUGCCACGAGCUGAUGAAGAAGUUCAUAAAAGAAAAGCCCGGAGACUGGAAUGAAGACAUUGGUGAAGAUGGGGAAUGAAUAGUGCUUCCUCCAUUGAGGUUGGUAUGCUUGGUUUUCUAUUGCUACAAGGCAGUUCACGUAGAGGUGUAUCUAUGUAUUUCCUCAAAGAA